ACAGCGCCGGCCCGGGCGGGGACCCGCGCGCGCCGCGACCGGCCCGACCUGCGGCGGCUGCUGCCCGCUGGAGCCUCUCCGGGACAGAUCAGUUAUUUCAAGAUGUUUUUCAUGCUGUGAGCCUGGUGUGGGAGAAGAAUAUCUGUGGAAUGAAUUCAGCUGGAUUGAAAGUGAAUCAGAAUGGCUGCUGUCAUCUCGGGUAGUCCUCCGAACCCAAGCUGCAAAAUCAUGACUUUUAGGCCUUCAAUGGAUGAAUUCAGGGAAUUCAACAAAUACUUAGCGUACAUGGAAUCACAGGGUGCUCAUAGGGCUGGAGUUGCAAAGGUUAUCCCACCAAAGGAGUGGAAGCCAAGAAAACAUUACAAUGAUAUUGAAGAUUUGGUGAUUCCUGCUCCAAUUCAACAGAUAGUCACUGGCCAGUCGGGGCUUUUCACACAGUACAACAUUCAGAAAAAGCCCAUGACAGUGAAGGAGUUCAAGCAGCUGGCCAACAGUGACAAAUACCGCACCCCAAGAUACACAGAUUACGAAGAUCUGGAGCGUAAAUACUGGAGGAACUUGACUUUUGUGGCACCAAUUUAUGGAGCAGAUAUCAAUGGGAGCAUUUAUGAUGAAGGUGUUAAGGAAUGGAAUAUUGCCCAUCUUAAUACAAUAUUGGAUGUUGUAGGAGAAGAGUGUGGAAUUUCUAUCGAGGGUGUAAAUACACCAUAUCUGUAUUUUGGCAUGUGGAAAACGACAUUUGCAUGGCACACUGAAGACAUGGAUCUCUACAGUAUUAAUUAUCUCCAUUUCGGGGAGCCAAAGUCAUGGUAUGCUAUUCCUCCAGAGCAUGGGAAACGGCUUGAAAGACUGGCUCAAGGUUUCUUCCCGAGCAGCUCUCAAGGAUGUGAUGCUUUUCUUCGCCACAAGAUAACUCUGAUUUCUCCAUCGAUAUUGAAAAAUUAUGGAAUUCCUUUUGGCAAGGUUACACAAGAGGCAGGAGAAUUUAUGAUCACUUUCCCAUAUGGAUACCAUGCAGGAUUUAACCAUGGAUUUAACUGUGCAGAGUCAACAAACUUUGCCACCAUUCGAUGGAUUGAUUAUGGGAAAGCAGCAAAAUUGUGCACUUGUAGGAAAGACAUGGUGUCAAUAUCCAUGGAUAUCUUUGUGAGGAAGUUUCAACCAGACAGGUACCGACUGUGGAAACAAGGCAAGGAUUUAUAUACCAUUGAUCAUACGAAACCAACACCUGAAUCAACACCUGAAAUAAGGACCUGGCUACAGAGAAGAAAGAAAAUACAGAGCUUUCCGAAGAGCUCCCAGCACCCCAGAUCUCGAUCUAGAAAGCUUAAAACUCCAGAGGACAAGAGAGUAUCUGCUGAUGCAGAAAUCAUCGUGACUGAAGCAGCUACUGCUGGCUUCAAGGUCAGUGAAGAACCUGAAAAAAAAGGGAGAGUGCUAAACACAGGAGUGCCUUCUGGGGAAGAAGAAAACAGUAGUAGAAUGCAGCUGGAUCAACAUUUGUUGGAUCAUGUCAAGGUUGCAGGAAGCCUCACUUCAGACUCAAUUUUGAGCCCUAUUCCUGUAAAAGAGAAAACAAAAAUGGAAGAUGAGGACAUACCGUACCAUAAAGCAGAGGGACAAACUGCUAAAGCAGAAAAUCCAGAUAAACAGCAAAGUGUCUUGAUAGAGGAUGAUAUCGGCAACCUAGAAAGCUGUGGAAGUAGUUUGGAACAUGAAGAAGUGCCCGUUGUAAAAAAGAAUGAAGAAGAUGACAUGGAAACAUGUAGUUCAGAGGAAGUUGCAAGAAAGAAAAUAUCUAAGAGUUGGCGUCAUCCACUAAAUAAACCACCAGCUAGAUCUCCCAUGACUUUGGUUAAACAGCAAGCAACUAGUGAUGAAGAACUGCCUGAGACUACCUUAAUUGAAGAGAAAGUUCAAGAGACAGAGGCAUGGGCCAGGCCUCUGGUCUACCUUUGGCAGACAAGGCAACCCAAUUUCAGUGCUGAAAAAGAAUACAAUGCAGCUUGUGCAAAAAAGGAACCUCACUGUGCCAUUUGUACUCUUCUCAUGCCAUACUAUAAGCCAGUCAAUCAUGAUGAAGAAGGUCCUACUUUCAGGGAAACAAACUCAGCAGGAACACUGAUGGCAGAAAAUGAAAAGACUAAACCUCUUAUUCCAGAGAUGUGUUUUAUUUAUAGUGAAGAAAACACUGAAAACUAUCCAUCAAAUGCCUUUGUUGAAGAAGAUGGAACAAGUCUUCUGAUUUCCUGUGCAAAGUGUUGCAUACGGGUUCAUGCAAGUUGCUAUGGUGUUCCUUCUCAAGAAAUCCAUAAUGAAUGGUUGUGUUCGCGAUGCAGAAAAGAGGCCUGGACAGCUGAAUGUUGUCUCUGCAAUUUGAGAGGUGGUGCAUUGAAGCAAACUACUGACAAAAAGUGGGCACAUGUAAUAUGUGCAAUUGCCAUCCCAGAAGUCAGAUUUGGUAAUGUCACAGAGCGUACUCCGAUAGACACUAGCAGAAUACCUUUGCAAAGGUUAAAAUUGAAAUGUAUCUUCUGCAGACAGAGAGUUAAGAAAAUCUCUGGUGCCUGCAUUCAGUGUUCAUAUGGACACUGCACAACAUCCUUCCAUGUUACCUGUGCCCAUGCUGCAGGAGUGCUGAUGGAACCUGAUGACUGGCCAUUUGUUGUCUACAUGACAUGUUUCAGGCACAAGAUCAACCACAAUGUGAGAGCUAAAGCAUCUGAGAAGACCAUUAGAGUUGGACAGACAGUCAUCACAAAACAUAGAAAUACACGAUACUAUAGCUGCAGAGUCGUGGGAGUGACAUCUCAGCUUUUCUAUGAAAUAAUGUUUGAUGAUGGCUCUUUCAGUCUGGAUACUUUUCCUGAAGACAUUGUAAGCAGAGAUUGCCUAAGGCUGGGUCCACCUGCAGAGGGAGAGGUUGUCCAAGUGAAAUGGCCUGAUGGAAAAGUGUAUGAUGUGAAGUAUUUGGGAACAAACACAACUUAUAUGUAUCAGGUUGAGUUUGAAGAUGGUUCUCAAAUAGUAAUGAAGAGAGAAGAAAUAUAUACACUAGAUGAAGAGCUUCCUAAGAGAGUAAAAGCACGUCUUUCUACAGCCUCUGACAUGAGAUUUGAAGACACAUUUUAUGGAUCAGAUAUUAUCUUGGGAGAGAAGAAGAGGCAGAGAGUAUUGAGUUCUCGCUUUCAGAAUGAAUAUGUGGAUGAUCCGGGAUACCGCACAUUCUUAAAAAGCUCAUUCCAGAAGAAAUGCCAGAAGGGGCUCUAAAGGCAGCAGAUGAAGAGAGAGGGAUGUUGAUUAAAAAGCAUGCAGCAUUA